AUGAAUUUGUUGAUACUAUUCCACCCUACGGUGGUGACUGACGAACAGGCGGUCAAGACACACAAAGAAGAGAUUCAAAAGCAGUACGCUGAUGCAACAAUAAGUCAGCAUAUAAUUGAUCGAGUAGCUAGUGAAGUAGUUACAUUAGAGAAAGAAGCAUACGACCGAAUUGUGUAUGUUAAUCCAAAUGAAGGCGAAGAGAACCGAGCCAUACCGGGAUCAACCAUGAAGAAGUUAUUUGAAGCAUUAAAGAUGGAUGGGAAGAUAAGCGGAGAUUUACCAAAAACCCAAGAUUUAGAUGUUAUAAUGAGUGGAUUCAUAAUUGAAGAAGGAAUAUGGGUCAAACCCAGACCAGCGGAAAGUGUUAGUAUUCCAUUAAAGAAGAAAGCUGGUGGAGAUCAAGUUAAGAAAUUACCAAUUUUCAAAAAAUUGGCCCCACAAUCAGCAACCCCAAAUAUCGGAUUAACUGACACUUCAGCAUCCAAUAGUGACAAUGAAGAAAGUCCCUCGAUGAAAAGGAAACUAGCAGAAACAAAAUUAACCUACUUUAGUGAUUCUGAGCUUGAAUCAGGAGAAGACGAAGAUGAAGAAGACGAAAUUGAUGAAAAUGAAUUGAUUACCGAACUGAAGGACUCCAAUUUGAUAAUACCCAAGAAAUGCGAAUUACCAAACGGGAAGAAAAGAAGAAAGGCAUGCAAAGAUUGUACUUGUGGAUUAAAAGAACAAGAAGAUGCCGAAGAAUUAAAACAAAGAUCAUUACAGGAUAAUAUCUUAGGUAAAAUGGCACAACUGGCUACGUUAGAAGCAAUGAAGAUCGAAGAAAAAUUAAAGAAGCAAAUUAAAUUUAACGAAGAAGAACUAGCAGAAAUUGACUUUACCGUUGAAGGCAAGACCGGUGGAUGUGGUUCGUGUGCUUUGGGUGAUGCCUUCAGAUGUGACGGGUGUCCGUUCUUGGGAUUGCCCCCAUUCAAGCCGGGAGAAGUGGUUACUAUUGACAGUUUCGGAGAAGAUAUCUAA